GCAGCGGCCAAUCAGCAUGCCAUUAGGAGGCUUCAGAGGAAGCUGUUUAUGAUGGCAGUGCAGCGCUAAUUAGCCUCAUGAACUAACACAUCUGCCCGCACCGAGUCACCGAGGAAAGCGAUCACAUCCAUGGAUUAGUGUGGGAAGCAGACGGACACUUUUUACUUGACGUCCUCCGAGCUGCUGCUCUUCUUCUCAAGUUAUUCGCCGCGCAGCAACUUUUCCUCUUCCACAACUCUGCUGGAGUAUUCCCUUCCCUCUUAAACUGGGGAACCCGGACUAUCACACCAUGUUCCAGCCGACACCCAAGAGGUGUUUCACGAUAGAGUCGUUAGUGGCCAAGGAUAAUCCGGUACCGGCGUCCCGAUCCGAGGAGCCCAUCAGGCCAGCGGCGCUCAGCUAUGCAAACUCCGGCCAGAUGAACCCCUUCCUUAACGGUUUUCACUCCGGCGGCAGAGGCGUCUACUCUAACCCGGACUUGGUGUUCGCUGAGGCGGUCUCCCAUCCUCCCAACUCGGCGGUGCCGGUUCAUCCGGUGGCCCCGCCGCACACCCUGGCCGCUCAUCCGCUCUCGUCCUCUCACAGCCCGCACCCACUUUUCGGGAGCCAGCAAAGGGACCCUUCCACCUUCUACCCCUGGUUAUUACACAGAUAUAGAUACUUGGGACACAGAUUUCAAGGUAAUGAAACGAGUCCAGAGAGCUUCCUUUUGCACAACGCGCUGGCCAGAAAACCCAAACGAAUCCGGACGGCUUUCUCUCCAUCACAACUACUACGGCUUGAACAUGCGUUUGAGAAAAACCAUUACGUGGUGGGCGCAGAGAGGAAACAACUCGCACACAGCCUUAGCCUCACAGAAACUCAGGUAAAAGUGUGGUUCCAGAACCGGAGGACGAAGUUUAAGAGACAGAAACUGGAGGAGGAGGGUUCCGAGUCCCAGCAGAAGAAGAAGGGUUCCCAUCACAUAAACCGCUGGAGGCUGGCCACCAAGCAGGCCAGUCCGGAGGAAAUCGAUGUGACUUCGGACGAUUAAAAGAUGAGACUUGAAAAUAAGGACACAAAUACAGGAUACCGUGGGAAGACAGGAGGGUCCACAAACCCCAAUGUCACAUUUCACAUCUCCGAUGGGCAGCUGAGGGCGACGGAAGGCCGGAUGGUGGUCCAGAUGUCACCCAAAAGAAGCAGGAACAUGGUACUGACUGUCCACCUGAAUUAUUCUUUUUUCUUUAAAAUCCAAUUCAUAUUGGACGUUUGCACUUCUGACACCCCCACCCCACCCCACCCCAAUUCAAGAUAUACCAAAACUCCUUAAUUUUUUUUAACACUCGAAUUGCAUGGUUAGUUGUUUUAAUUUGACACAAUCACACGGAAGACACGUUCGUGCUUUUUCCUUUCCACACAGUGUGCAGUCUUUUUAUUCAUAAUUCUCGUGUAAAAGUGAUUGUGAAAACAUAUGAAGUAGCAGUGCUGCGUUUAUGGUGUUUUUUUAAAAGAAAAAAGCAAAAACUGGUUUUGUAAUGAAAAAAUACCGAUUUUAAGGGAAGGUAUCAGGACAUUCCUUUCACCUCUAAAGCUUUACAGUGUGUGGCUGUGCAUGGCCCCACGCAGCCUUCUGUUACCACUCAGAUGCCACAAAAGGACUUUAAACGAAUUACACAGAGGAAAAAAACUUCAAGCACUGAGCGUAUUCCAUGUACAGAAAUACUAAAGGUUAAUGUUUCUGUUAAGCCCUCUUUUACAGAAUGUAAAUAAUUUUUGUGUAUGUGUUAAGUUUGCUACAAUUUUAACACAAAGUAUACUUCCAAGAAGUAUGUAAUUGUCAAUAUUUUGUCAAUAAAGUUUUAUCAAUAUGUCGCGCGCUGCAAACGCACACAGGUCUUUAUUUAAAAUACAUUUAUUGACAUCGUCAUUUUACAGGUGCACUUCAAUAAACUAGAACCUUAUUAGACUCCGGGAGAGAAAAAUGGAAGGCUCACUCAGGGAAUUUUUGCGUACGGGUUGUUUACAAUAUUCAAGUUUUUGACAUCGAAAAAAAUAACGAAAUAGAUGAG